UCUGCUUCAUUCCUCAUCUGAGCUGUGUUUCCUCUGUGGAGUCCAGGAUGAUUCUGUGGCUUCAGAUAUGUGACUGUUUAUUUUAAAGAUAAAGAAAGAGUUUUCUGAUUAUUUUAUGCUCUGUGUUGCUUUGCUAGCAUCUGUAUUCCCUCGUAGCUGCGUCUCCUCUAAUCAGGUAACAACAUCUUCUACCCAGAAGUUACUGUCACUGCUGACUGGCUCCCUCUCCACAGCAACAGCAGCUGAGACUCAUGGACAGGAUGGGGCGCAGGAAGUCAGUGUGUUGUGGUUGUUCUGCUCUGGAGGUCACGCUGACCGUCCUGUUCGUCAUCAUGACGGCCGUGUGUGUGACACUGGUGGCCAUGAUGUUUACCUGGAAAACAGACAAAGAAUUUCAGAACCCACCGUACCUGAUCGGAGUGGGCCGAGCCGACUGCACCGGGCCUCCUGCUGAGAUCCCUCUGAUGGGUUACGCAAACCCUCAGCAGACAGCUGCAGGCAUACACACCCGCCUGUACAGCCGAGCCUUCAUCAUCGACGACGGGAGGCGGAGAGUCUUGUUCGUCACCGCCGACGUGGGAAUGAUCUCACAGAGGCUACGACUGGAGGUUCUGCAGGCGCUGCAGGUGAAGUACGGGGAUCUGUACCGUCAGGACAACGUGGUUCUGAGCGGGACUCACACACACUGUGGACCAGCCGGAUAUUUCCAGUAUACACUGUUCAUGAUCACCAGCAAAGGUUACAUCAAGUCGUCCAUCGAGCCGCUGGUCAACGGCAUCGUCAAGAGUAUAGACAGAGCCCACGCUAACAUGAAGCCUGGCAGGAUCUACAGGAGCAGAGGAGAGCUGGGCGACAGCAGCCUGAACAGAAGUCCUCACUCGUACCUCAACAACCCUGAGGACGAGAGACACAGGUACAAGCAGAACACAGAUAAACAGGUGACGGUGCUGAAGUUCACCGAUCUGGACGGAGACGGGAUCGGAAUGCUCAGCUGGUUCGCCGUCCACGCUGUCAGCAUGAACUACACCAACCGCAUGGUGAGCAGUGACAACAUGGGCUACGCCUCCUACCUGAUGGAGCAGGACAAGAACCCCGGAGAGCUACCUGGACAGGGAGGUUUUGUCGCUGGUUUCUCCUCCAGUAACCUCGGCGAUGUCAGUCCGAACACCAAAGGGCCUCACUGUGUGAACACUGGACUGCCCUGCGACUACCUGAACAGCUCCUGUCCUGUUGGAGGGACUAAGCAGUGUAAGGCGUUCGGACCUGGAGAAGACAUGUUCGACAGCACGAGGAUCAUCGGACACAACAUCUACAGGAAGGCCAAGGAGCUGUAUGGUAGUGCCGUAGAGGAGGUGACGGGUUUCCUUCACUUCGCUCAUCAGUGGGUCAACAUGACGGAUGUAACAGUUCAGAUCAACAGCACGCACACGGCCACCACAUGUAAACCAGCUCUGGGUCACAGUUUUGCAGCCGGGACAACAGACGGAGGAGGAGACCUGAACUUCACUCAGGGCGCUGUGGAGGGCGACCCGUUCUGGGACGGGAUCAGAGAUGCCCUCGUCGGUGAGCCAUCCAAUCAGACGCAGGCGUGUCAUCAUCCCAAACCCAUCUUGUUCAGCACGGGGGAGAUGAACUGGCCGUUGCCAUGGCAUCCCCAGAUCGUCGACGUUCAGAUCAUCGUCAUCGGCUCCGUUGCUGUCGUGGCUGUUCCUGGAGAGAUGACCACCAUGUCGGGACGGAGGUUAAGAGAAGCUGUCAGACAGGAGCUCCAGUCAGACGGGGCGUUCAGGGACUUAGAGGUGGUGAUCGCCGGCCUGAGUAACAUCUACACUCACUACAUCACCACCUACGAGGAGUACCAGGUGCAGCGCUAUGAGGGAGCCUCCACCAUCUACGGCCCGCACACGCUCAGUGCAUACCUGCAAAAGUACCGCGGGCUGGCCAGAGCCAUCUCACAGGACAGGGUGUCGGAGCUGCCCAUCGGCCCUCAGCCUCCCUUCUUUCAGAAUAAUCUCUUCAGUCUGUUGGCUGCGGCGUCCAUUGAUGGAAAACCAGAGAACAGCAGCUUUGGAGACGUCCUGGACCAGGUUCUGCCCGUCUACAGACAGGGUGAUGUUGUAUCCGUCACGUUCGUAGCAGGAAACCCGAGACACUGUGGAGACAUCAGAGAUAAAACGUUUGUCACGGUGGAGAUUUAUGACAACAGAACAAACACCUGGGAGGUCGUCUACACUGAUGCAUCAUGGGAGACCAGGUUUCACUGGCUGAAGGGUUCGAACCGGCAGAGUAACUCCACGGUGGAGUGGCACAUCCCGCUGGCGGCCCCCAGCGGCUCCUACAGGAUCCGACACUUCGGACACUACAAACAGCUGCGAAACCUGAAACCCGUCAUCACGCCUUACGAAGGCGUGUCCAAUGUCUUCAAGGUCGCAGCCAGCUUUUACUAUCAGUGACAUCUUGGCGCCAGAAAUACAAACAUCAUUGCCACACAGGGAGGGCUCUCCAGGACUCUCCAGGACUCUCCAGGACAGUUUAAUGACCUGAAACAAGCUCACACACUGACAAACUCACCAAACUGUUAAAAUUCCAAAUUAAUGAGUUGGUCCAGCCCACAGACAGAACUGCAUCUCAGUCCAGUCUAGAACCCAGGUCUACGUCCAGCACCCACAUCUGGACCAGAAUCUGGUACUGUAUGUCAGCAGUAUGGCUGGACAAACCUGUAUUUAAAUCAUUUAAAUCGCUGCUGAAGCUAUAACGUGACGUCAGAACUUAAUUUGUUUUCUUGUGUAAAUUAAACAUCAUGAAGAAAAAA